AUGCCUACCAAAAAGAAAGCCAAGGUCGUCGCGGUGCAGACAGCAGUUCCAGAUCUACCAACGCCCAACCCACCGUCGUUUGGACGAUCUCACCGUGGCCUCGAGGAAGAGAUUGCAGACUAUCCAGAAAUUCAACGCAACGAGUUCUUGACUACAAGGGCUAUCUAUCCUGACGACUUCGAAAGAGUCCGCGGCCGAAAAGAUGCCUGGCAGCGAUACGAAAACCUAGCCUUUCAAGUCAGAAUUGGACCGCUUGAAGACCCUGAAUACUUUGCCAAACUGAUAUUCGAGUUUCCACGGGAAUAUCCAAAGGUAUUGCCUAAAAUUAAUGUUCUCGACGUUCAGCCAAGAGAUCCGGCGAUAAGACAGCGCAUUGAGCAAAUCAUCGCUGAUUAUCCACGCCAACACCUGGGGAACGAGUGUGUCUACGAAGUCACAAGCGCCAUCAUGGAUUUCCUCACCGAGAUCAACCUGGACAAGGCUGCCAAGAAGAAUGAGUUCAGUCUCGAAGAGGAACGUGCUGCGAAUGAGGCGCGCACUAAGAAACAACAGGAAACCGUUCGGAGACGACAAGAGGAAGAAACCGAGAAGCAGGAGCUCCUGUUCGAAUCAAAGGUUGAAAGCGAGAAGCAAAGACGGCUCAAGACAAUAACUCGCAAAAUUACGGGAGAUGAGAAUGCCGACUUUUACGAUGCCCCAGAAGAACCAAUCCGAUUUGACCAGUCGAUGACUUCACGAGACACUGUCACGUCUACACCUUUCAAAUUCAAAGCCGUGACCGGAAGAUCAGUCAUUCUCAAACGUCCGGACAAGAAGGUUUUGAUUGUGGCUCCACGCGUGGACAUCGAUCGAGUCCAGGCUCCUCGAUUCCUGCUAAAGAUGAUCUAUCUCCCCGAAACCAUCGCGCCCAGGGCCAAGCUGCAAAAGUGCAUGGAGGUUGUCGAGCAAGAUCUUGAAUCGUCGAAAGAGCACCGUCAUCCAAACGUCGUGGACCUCAUCAACUACAAAAUUGAGCACAUGGACCUGGGUCAAGGAGGCGGUCAGUGGAACCUAACAAUUCUUUCGGAAUUCGCCGAACAAGGGUCUCUGUCUGAUCUCUUGGACAUCGUCGGAGCUUUGAGUGCAGCAAGAAUUCGUUCGUGGGCACGCCAACUGGCUGAUGCUUUACUCUUCUUCGACCAACAAGGAUACGUUCACCCUGCAGUCCAUGCCGGUAACGUGAUGCUGUUUCGCUCUGUCAGUGGAGGAGUGACUGUCAAAUUAGCUGAUGGCUAUGGCACGCAGUUGAGUGACUUGGUUCGAGCUGCUCAGAAUCUUUCCGAGCCUUCCGAGCAGGAUCUUCCAUUAUGGAUCGCUCCAGAGCUGAAUUCUGCCACUCCUCGAAGAUCAAGCAAGACGUGCAUCUGGGACCUUGGAGUCAUCAUCAUGCAGAUGGCUGUAGAGAAGAAGGUGAAAGAAACCUACACUUCUCCUCAUCAAGUCAUCGCCGGUUGCGGAUUCGGGACAAAUGUGACAAGACUCCUUACUGCAAUGUUCCACAGCGAGGCAGCAAAACGCCCCAGCGCAUUCGAGCUUACUCGAAAAGCGUUCUUCACGGAAGAGCGGGAACCAAUAUUUCGAGAUGCAUACCCGGGAACCCCUGGCACUCCAAGUCGACGCCGAAGAUACAGCGAUCGAUACGUUUCACGAUACUACAAUGACUUUGAGGAAGUCGAACGUAUUGGAAAGGGCGGAUUUGGAAAUGUUUAUCGCGCCAGAUUGAAGCUUGAUGGACAGUUCUAUGCAGUCAAGAAAAUUGAGAGCACUUCAGAGCGUGAAUUGGAAGGAAUCCUUGCGGAAGUCACAUUGUUGGCAAGAUUGAAUCAUCCCUACGUAGUCCGAUACUACAACUCUUGGGUUGAGCGAGAGGACGCGGAUUAUAUCGAAGAAUCCCCUCAACCACGACUUCCAGAUCGGUCACUGCAACAAGCUCCAGCUGUUAGUACAGGCCAUGACUUCUUGGAACCUUCAGUCUAUCGCAAUCAAGGUCCUGAAUACAGCAGCAGCGAUGAUGAUGGAAAUAUGUUCGGCUACCAAGAUCCUCCAGCGAUUGAUGAGCAAGAUGGUUAUGACGAUGACAAUGAUCCGUUCAAGACCGAUCCGGAGUCUAGUCGCCCAGAUGAAGGACAGGCAAAGGAAGAAGAGAUAGAGGACGAUUCUUUUUCAGUCCGUAUUCCAACAAGUCCAGGAUUCAUGGGAAGCUUUGACAACAACCCCUUCGACAACAGCACCGAAUCACCUUCGAAUUCGAUCGCUCCAACCCGAUCACGAACUCCUUUGAGGCAGAAGCAAAAGUCCACCCUGUACAUUCAGAUGGAACUCUGUGAAGGCAAGACUCUCUGGAACCGAAUGAAAGAGGGUCUUUCCAAUGAUGUCCCUGCUGUCUGGAGCUUGUUUCGCCGCAUUGUUGAGGGGCUUGCUUAUAUCCACGCGCAGAGUAUUGUGCACCGCGAUCUCAAGCCAGAGAACAUCUUCUUGGAUGCUCAUGACAACCCUAAGAUUGGUGACUUUGGUCUUGCUACUGCAGGACAAACUGUGUCAAAAUCUCACGUCUCCAAGCCAGGCAUGACAAUCACAGAUUCUUGGGGAGUGGGCACCAAAGGCUAUACUGCUCCUGAGCUCUUGGAACGUGGCAAGAAAUACGACGCCCGAGCAGAUAUGUAUUCUCUCGGAAUCAUGUUUUUCGAAAUGUGUUAUGCCAUCCCGACACAGUACGAGAAGAACAUCCUGCUUCAAGGCUUAGCCAAACAGCCACCUCAGUUGCCGCCAUUCUUCGAGGAGGAUAUCCAUCAAACACAGGGUGAGAUCAUUUCACAGCUUGUCAACGUUGAUCAGCAAUUUAGACCUACUGCGAGGGAAUUGCUCGACAGCGGAAAGAUCCCGGAACCUCUGGAAGAGGAGAAAUUUCGACGCUUCAUUGAUAGAUUGGCUGAACAGAACCCCGAAGAGUACCAAGACCUCAUCGGCAAGCUCUUCUCCAAGCCCAAUGAUCCUGUUUCAAGCCUUGCCUGGGAAGAUCGGUCUGGAGAAAGCAUGGUCCCGGUUGAUCCUAUUCUGUGGAUCUCAGUCACCGACCAGUUGAGGUCAAUCUUCCGUCGACACGGCGCGAUUGAAGCCCCUAGACAAGGGAUCAUCCCGAAAACCGGAUUCACGCCAAAUCCUGCCGUCUUUCUUGACCCUUCCGGCCUGACAGUACAACUUCCAGAAGACCUGACGCUGCCGUUUGCUCGCACACUUGGGCAAACCUCAUGUAGUUUCGCGAAGACAUAUUGCUUUGGUGCCGUAUAUCGUGCCACUGUACCAGGAAAUCAGCCUCGACAAGUCCCAGAAGUGGACUUUGACUUUGUCUCUCAGAGCGCUAGGGACUUAUCACUCAAGGAAGCUGAGGUCAUCAAAGUCCUGGACGAAAUCCUCCACGAAUUCCCGGCGCUUGCAGCUCGGGAAUGGACAAUCUACCUCACACAUGCAGACCUGAUUGACAUUGUCCUUGACUUCUGUCGAAUCAAAUCGCACGACGUCCCGCAAGUUAAGCAGGCUCUGUCUUACCUCUCCACCAGCGAGGGUAAAUGGGACAAGGUCCGUGAGAGACUUCGAAGCACGGCGAUCAAUAUCGCAGAGACUUCGGUGACAGACCUCUCCAAAUUCAAUGUGGUCGGCGACGUGGAGCGAGUCCGUUCAAAGUUCACACAGCUGUUCGGACAGGGAGACCACUUGAACAAGGCGCUGUCCCUGUUUGCACGGCUUGACGAACUCGUCCAUGUCCUUCGGCAAAUGGCCGUACAUACACAAGUGCUCGUUGCUCCUCUCCGCAACAACGCCGAACACCUGUACCGAGGCAGUGUGCUCUUCCAGUGCAUGGAGAGAAGUCACAGAAAACUCCUGGCUGUCGGCGGCCGCUAUGACGCUCUCAUCCAAGAAUUCCAGACGAAGUCCGACAAGGGUUCAACUCGCGCCGUGGGCUUUCGUUUGAACAUCCUGGACCUCCUUGCCUACGUCCGCGGACAAUCAAAGGCGCACAACAAGACAGGCAAGCACACCGGCGGCGGCGCGGAGACGAAGGCGUUACCCCGAUACAGUGACAUUCUGGUCACCAGCUUCGACCCAAACACCCUGAAGAGUGCGUGCGUCGAGGUCAUUUCAUCGUUGUGGGCAGCCGGCCUCAGUGCCGAGUUGUCCGAAGAAUUUCGCUCCUUGGAGGAGCUGGAGAGAGCGUACCGCGUCGAAGGAGCCAACUACUGGUUGGUCAUUGUGAGAGGAGGCGCCGAACGUGGCAUGAAGGUGCGGAGCCCUGCUCGCGCCGAACACGAGGUCAAGUUGGCCGACCUGGUGAGCUUUUUGCGCUUGAACAUGGCGAAGAACAAGUAG